AUGCCCGGCCCCCAGGGGGGCGGAGGAGCCCCCACCAUGAGCCUCGGCAAACUGUCGCCUGUGGGCUGGGUGUCCAGUUCCCAGGGAAAGAGGCGGCUGACUGCAGACAUGAUCAGCCCCCCGCUGGGGGACUUCCGCCACACCAUGCACGUGGGCCGUGGCGGGGACGUCUUUGGCGACACCUCCUUCCUCAGCAACCACGGCGGCAGCUCUGGGAGCACCCACCGCUCACCCCGCAGCUUCCUGGCCAAGAAGCUGCAGCUGAUGCGGAGGGUGGGGGUGCCGCCCCGGAGGAUGGCCUCUCCGCCCGCGCCCUCGCCGGCCCCGCCCGCCAUCUCCCCCAUCAUCAAGAACGCCAUCUCCCUGCCCCAGCUCAACCAGGCGGCCUACGACGGCCUCGUGAUGGGCAAGCGCAGCUUCGACAGCAGCCCCGCCUGCUCCACGGACGGCCACUCCAGUUACGGCGUGGACUCUGGGUUCUGCACCAUCUCCCGCCUGGCCCGCUCGGAAAAGCCUCGUGACCGAGAACAUGACAGUUCCUUCCCCGCUGAGUCCGAGCUCCGUCGCUCUGACUCCCUCUUGUCCCUCCGCCUGGACCUUGACCUUGGGCCCUCACUCCUCAGUGAGCUGCUAGGGGUCAUGAGCCUCUCAGAAGACCCUGCAGCUGAGACCCCAGCCCCCGUGGCAAACCGCCCAGCCCCCGUGGCAAACCGCCCAGCCCCUGCCACAAACCCUCCAGCCCCUGCUGCCAGCCCCCCACCCCGUGGACACUACCCCAACGGGGUAACUGCUGGGUUGGGCCCAGUUGCUGAGGUGAGGGCCAGUCUGGUGGGCGAGGGUCCCCGAGCACCCGCGGACCUGGCCCGCGGCAGGCACUGGGGAUCAGGCUGGAGUGGCAGCCGCCACUACACUCAGAUGGAUGCGCAGAAGCAGCUGGAGGAGGGGCUGCCCCAGGCCCAGGCCUCCUGGGAAAGCCUGGACGAAGAGUGGGGGGCGCCCCAGGCAGGCAGCAGAGCCUCCGUGCCCAGCACCGUGCAGGCAAACGCCUUCGGGUUUGCUGAUGCCGAGGAGGAUGAGGAGGUCAAAGUGUGAGUGGCCAGGCAA